UCCAUCCUCCAGCAGAGGAACAUCUGCAUACAGUCUACCCACACUAGUCACUUCCUCCCUGCCUUUAACUGGGUCAAGCUGUUCUCUAGCUGCUUAUGGUUGGGUCUUCUUCCUUCCUGUCCUUCUUCCGCUUCUUCUUAUUCUUCCUGGUUUCAGUGUUGCCAGAAUCUUCUCGGGAGACUGGAGGGGUCAUCAUGUCAUAUUGACCAGGUUGAUUCACGACAUCAUCCAGACCUGUCAUUUAAAAGAGAGCUCCGUGUUCAGAUUUUUUUUAGGGGGACAAAGAGCAUAGCUGUGAAGCACUGUUGCUUCCAUUGAGUGCUAUUUGUCACACAAAGGUGAGACAACAAAUGUAUAUUUUAUGCAGCUUUGUGGAUAGAUUGCCCCUUUAAUGUCUCUACAAUACCACCAGGCUAACUCAAAACAUGAAUUAUCCUCCAUAUCAAACACUUUGGUAUCCAGUCAAACAAUUCACGGAAAUAAGGAAUAAUUAUGAUGCUUGAUUGCCUGAUACAUCCUUAUAAAAAGACAAGUCGGCAGCUUAUUGCCAUUUGACAGAAGAACAGGGUAAGGUGAGCAUUUAGAGACUUGAAAAUAACACCACCAUACAACUUUAUCAGAAGAAAAUAGGUUUAGUUUUGCUAUAAUUUACCUUUGGAAGUAAUUGGGCUUUGGAGUGAGGAUGAUCGCUUACUUGGCUCUGUGUAAAUACUUCUCUCUGGCCAUAGUUGUGGUCAUAGUUUCCAGUGUGAAUGGAAAGGACCCUCUAUUUGAUUGCCUACAAGACUCCGACUAUAACGAGCUACUCAGAAUAGUGGACAAGGGUCUCCCCCACACCAACACAUCUCAUCAUAUUGCCAUCGUUGGGGCUGGCAUGGCUGGCCUGACGGCAGCAAAGUUUUUGGAGAAGGCAGGACACAAGGUAACCAUAAUAGAGUCAAGCGAUCGUAUUGGAGGACGGGUGGAGACGUACAGACCUAAGGGAGAGCACUGGUACGCAGAGCUUGGUGCCAUGAGGAUCCCUAGCUUCCAUACAAUUCUGUUGAAGAUUGCAAACAAUGCAGGCCUUAGUCUGAACCCAUUCAUUGAGAAGGACAUUAAUACCUACUAUUUGGUGAAUGGGUUGCUGCACAAAACAUAUCAGGUGAAUGGGGACCCAGACGUCCUCAACUAUCCGUUGAAUGAAGAUGAGAGAGGGAAGUCAGCUGAUCAGCUCUUCGAUUUGUCUCUGCAGAAGAUAAGAGAUUAUGCGAAGAACAAUGGCUGCCGCGCCAUGCUGGACAAAUAUGACAUGUACUCUGUAAAGGAGUAUCUUGUGAAGGAGGCCAAUCUGAGUCGUGGUGCUUUGCGGAUGAUUGGGGAUAUUCUGAAUGAGAACAGUUUAUUCUACACUGCACUCACAGAGGCGCUGUAUGAUCAGUCUGAUAUCAAUGAUGAGACUACCUACUUUGAGGUGACAGGCGGGUUUGACAAACUACCCAAUGCCAUUUGCGAGGAGUUGAAGGGCACCAUCCACCUAAAUUCCAAGGUGAAACGUAUCAGCCAGACCAGCAAUAAAGUGACCGUGUCCUACCAGGACCACCAUCUCUGGCACAAACCAUCCUCCCUCAUCCACCUGACAGUAGACUAUGCCUUGGUGACAGCCACCGCCAAGGCUACUCUCUUUAUCGACUUCCAGCCCCCGCUCUCAGCAGACAAGAUGGAGGCGCUGCGUUCGCUGCACUAUGAUAGCUCCACCAAGGUGGUCCUGAUAUUCAGUGAGAGGUUCUGGGAGAAGGAGGGCAUCAAUGGAGGGAGGAGCAUCACGGAUAUGCACUCUCGUUUCAUCUACUACCCCAGCCACAGAUUCCCUAACACGGACAUCGGGGCCCUCUUGGCUUCCUAUACCUUCUCGGAUGACUCCACCCUCUUUCAGGGGGUGAAUGACGAGGAGCUGCAGGGUCUGGUGCUGGAGGACCUUGUCAAGAUCCACGGGGAGGGCAUACGGCCACUCUGCAUUGGAGGGCUGGUGAAGAAGUGGGCACUGGAUCCCUAUAGCCUUGGGGCGUUUGCCCUCUUCACCCCGUACCAACAUAUAGACUACGCCUCAGAACUGUUCAGGAACCACAAUAGGAUCCACUUUGCUGGGGAGCACACAGCCCUGCCUCAUGCCUGGAUAGAGACAAGCAUGAAGUCUGCUCUAAGGGCAGCUAGAAAUAUCAAUAACAUCAGAGAGUAGAGAACGGGUGCAGUACAGUAUAUAUUCUAAUCCAUUGGUGAAAGCGUAUGUCUGUAUACUCUGGAGAAGAGAGAACACAUACAGUUGAAGUUGGAAGUUUACAUACACCUUUGCCAAAUACAUUUAAACUCAUUUAAAUGUACAUUUAAACAAUUCCUGACAUUUAAUCCGAGUAAAAAUUCCCUGUCUUAUGGCAGUUAGGAUCACCACUUUAUUUUAAGAAUGUGAAAUGUCAGAAUAAUAGUAGAGAGAAUGAUUUAUUUCUGCUUUUAUUUCUUUCAUCACAUUCCCAGUGGGUC